GCCAGGGCGAGACGUUUGCGUCACUGCAAAUUAUAAAAGACGCUCCUGUCUUUACUUAUGAGUGAGCACCUUGCAAUGUUGCCAGCCCCUAAAAGCCCCAAACGACUGAGCGCCUUUAAGCCUUGUUUCAAACACAACGGAAAUAAAAUCAAUUGCCAACACGUACUAGUAGAGUAUUGCUAAGAGACAGUGCGGAGUCUCAAUGCAGCACCCAAACGCUCCAGGCAGCAAUGGCUGCCGUAAGGGACGCCAUCGAAAGGCAGCAAGUGAUACCUUUGCUUGGGCAGCAAGCGCUUUGCUUGAGGACUUUCCACCUCAGCUUGCCCAGCAACAUGUUUCCCAGGCGAACCCUUUCCUGGCAGCCGGCGACCGAAAUUCUUUGCUUGCCGCUUCGGGCCCUUUCAAUGGGCAAAACUUGGAGCUUGGAGCGGGGUUGGGCAGCGUCUUGCCGGACGAUUUGCUGGACCUUCUGCAAGGCACCGAGCAAGACGAGCUGGACUUGGACACUGAGCUGGACGCAGACGUUGACAUCGACUUGGAGCUAGGCCCGGACAUCGGCAGCAGCAACCGAGCCGCUUCCACGCAGGGCAAGGUCAGCACCUCUCAUCCCACAUUAGCGACUCCAUCGGCAGCUAGCACCGGUGCCGCCGGCGUCUUUAGCGGACUGGCGGCCCCCGCGGCUGCCGGGCCGCAUGCCGCUGCUGCUGCAGCAAUAAAAGCAGAGGCGGAGGCGGCAGUAGGUUCUGACCACGUGCUCAGCGGCAGGGCCACAGGACACCGGCGCCAGGGGUCAGCCUCCUCGUCGGCUGCUACUGCUGCCGGCAGUUGUACGGCAACGGCUGCUUCGCUGUCAUCACUAGCAGACGCGGCGGCGGCAGCAGCUCCGCCUGCGGGCCCCCGCCACGUGCGCAACCCCAGUGACCCGCUGCUGGGCCUGCCCCCGCUAGCCCCCCUGCUAGACAAGCCCUUCAGCGACUUCGCGGGUCAGACCCGCUCCAACGCCCUCGACCCAGCGCGACUCGACCCCAAGCGCGCUCGCCGCAUCAUCGCCAACCGCCAGUCCGCGCACCGCUCCCGCAUGAAGAAGCUGCAGCUCAUUCACCAGCUGGAGCAGGAGGUGGCGGCGGCGCAGGCGGCGACGGAAGCGGUACGGCAGCAGGUGGCGGCGGCGGCGGAGCACCGGCGGAGGCUGCUGACGGAGGCGGCAGAGGCGGCGCAGCGGCUAGCGGUGCUGAGAAGGGAGGUGGCGGAGGCGGAGGCGAGUCAGGCGGCGGUGGUGGAGGAGCUGAGGGCGAGUGCGAGGGCGGGAGCGGCGGCGGGCGUUUCCCUGGUAGCAGCAGGAGCGGUGGUGGCGGCGGCGGGGGCAGUAGCAGGGAACGGUGGAGGCGGUUGCGCACUAGCCACACACGCAAUGGCAGUACAGCAGCCACAGCAGCAGCAGCUGCGCCUUCCUCCGUGUCUCAUACCCCAGCCUCAGUGCUCCCAGCAAGUCCGCUGCAGCAGCGGCUGCAGCAGCAGCUUGGGGGCCAGCUGGAGCCGCCCCGCCCCCGACCACUCCCUCCUCGCGCCCGGCCCCCCGCCUCCGCCUCCCGCUCCUCAAGCUGCCGCACUGGCUCCACCUCCUGCUGCUGCUGCUGCUGCCCCCCACAUGCUGCCGGGCCCCGGCCUGCCAGUCCCGCCCCUUCCGCCUCCGCCGCUGCGACCCGGCGCAGCCGCCUCCGCUGCUGCCGCUGGUGUGGUUUCCGAGCGCCCCUUCCAGCUGCCGCCGCCACCGCUCAUCCAGGUAGCGCCGGCAGCUGUUGCGGUGGCAGCGGACCCUAUGGCCCGGGCGCCUGCCCCCUGCGACGGGGUUGCCAGUGCGGUCCCGGGGGUGCAGGGGCCCCCCACCGCCGCCGUCCCGCCCGUCACCGUCAUCACCACUACGGGGCCUGCACCGCUGCCGCUGCACCCAUUGGUGGGGGGAAGCGGAGGGUCGAGCUGUGGUGUACCUGCGGGCGGCGGCGGGGGGCAGGGCUGGCUGGGAGGAGCUGGCAUGUCCUCCUGUUGCGGCCCGGCUGGGGGUGGCGGAAGUGCGGCGGCGGCGGCGGCGGGGGAGGGUGGCAGCCAACACGGUGUCCUGGUUUUAGAGCCUCCUGAUGAGGCGAAUGCUGCUGGGGCGGCGGAGUGUGAGGGUGGUGUUGAUGACAG